GACCUUUUCCGUUUCCUCUAAUUGGCAAUCUUCAUCUAUUUCACGGAGAAAUUGAUAAUGUAUUUUUUAAUCUUCAAGCAAAAUACGGUGAAAUAUUUGAAGUAUUUAUAGGUUCGGAACUUACUAACAAAGGAAUCGGACUUAAUACUGAUUUAAAUUCAUGGAAAUAUAAUAGAACGAUGGUGACUCAAAGUAUUAUGAUACCUUCAUUCUUAAGGCAAUUUGUUCAAGAUAUAGAAAAAUUUUUUAAUGAAUUGGAUGAAUACUGGUUAGUUUCAGGAGAUGAAUUGGAUUUUUCAAAUGGAUCUACAAGCUUGAGAACGAUUUAA